AUGACUCAGGCGGUAUUCACACUUGACAAAUUCGAAUGUGAAGGUGAUAUAGGGUCGGUUGCAGUCCGAUGGGAGCGAUGGAAACGCGGGCUGUACAUCUAUUUGGAAGCAGCGGGAAUAGAUACGGAAGCAAAGAAAAGAGCAUGUUUACUUCAUUUCGGUGGAGCUGAUUUACAAGAGGUGUUCUACAAUAUACCCGGAGCAGACGCAAAGUCAAACGACGUAAACGAUGGCAAAGUAUUUGAAAUUGCGAUACAAAAAUUAGACGAAUACUUUGCUCCCAAGCAGAGUAAGGGUUUCGAGCGACACCUGUUCCGUCAAAUGCGUCAAGAACCACAAGAGAAAUUUGACAAGUUUUUGGUAAGGUUAAGACAUCAAGCUUCAAAAUGCCAGUUCACAAAUACAGAUGAACAUAUUAUUGAGCAAAUAACCGAAAAAUGCUCGUCGGAUGAUUUAAGGAAAAAAAUAUUAAAAAACGGUGACAAAAUGACCCUUGACGACAUUAUUUCUGAAGCCAAUGUACUGGAGGUUGUAGAAAGACAGUUGGGUGAUUUUGAAAACAAGAAAAUUGAAAAUCAUGGUGUCAACAAGAUAACUACGAAGCCGGACAAGUACAAGGGCACAGGAGAUAGACAAGAUAGAGGUUGUGGCAGAUGUGGUAGCAAGAACCAUUUCGCACGAGAUUCCAAAUGCCCUGCUAAAACUAGAAAAUGCAAUAAGUGUGGAAUUCUAGGCCAUUUCCAAAUACGAUGUCGAACAAGGGAAGUACAGAAAAGAAAACCAGGUCAAGAUGAAACAGCGCGGAACCAUAAUUCAAAAAGACCCAGAGGAGCAAACAAUGUAGAACAGAUAGACAAUGUAGCAUGUACAAGCAAGCAAACUGAGUACAUCUUCAACGUGAACACCGGCUCCACAGCACCAUGCAUGAUUGGUGGAACAAAAGUAGAUAUGCUAAUAGACUCUGGCUGCAACCACAAUUUGAUCACGGACAAAACCUGGGUCUCCAUGAAAGAAAAUAAUUCAAAGGUCACUAAUCAAAGCAAAGACCCACAGAAGAAGUUUAUUGCAUAUGGAAGCGGAACUCCUUUAAAAUUACUGGGAUCGUUUGAUGCAGAAAUACAGUUAGGGAAGAAAUCAGAAAAUGCAACUUUUUAUGUCAUCUCUGGUGGCACCCAGAAUCUGCUUGGGAAAAUGACAGCUACUUCCCUAGGAGUCCUGCAAAUCAAUAUACCAAUGGACGUUAAUAGUGUGGACACGACAGCCUUCCCGAAAUUCAAAGAUGUGCUCGUGGAGAUCCCGUUGGACGAGUCAGUAAAACCUGUCGCACAACCUUACCGCAGGAUACCUAUUCCACUGGAAGCCAAAGUCGAACAAAAGAUUAAUGAAUUAUUGCACGCUGAUAUAAUUGAGGAGGUAAAAGGUCCCUCUAGUUGGGUCUCGCCGAUCGUGCCAGUACUGAAGGAUAAUGGAGACGUCCGCUUAUGCGUAGAUAUGCGACGCGCGAAUAUGGCCAUCAAACGGGAAAACCAUCCACUGCCAACCAUGGACCAACUACUUCCUAAGAUGAGAGAAGCAAAACUCUUCACAAAAUUAGACAUCAAGGACGCCUUUCAUCAUAUUGAGCUUCAGCCUGACUCAAGGCCGAUAACAACAUUUAUAACGGGUAAGGGACUUUUUCGCUAUAAAAGGAUGAUGUUUGGCAUCAGCUGUGCGCCAGAAAUCUUUCAAAAGACUUUGGAGAGGAUACUUUUGGGCUGUGAAGGAGUCAUUAACUUUAUAGAUGAUAUCCUGGUGUAUGGAAAGGAUCAGUCAUACUAA